AAGAUAUCAACUAGUAUAAAUAGAACAGCAUCCAUCAGUCUCAGAGCAUCAAUUAGUUCACCACAGAAUAAUAGAAAGAAGUAUUUCUGUCACAUUGCGAGCUUCUCAAAUAGCCCUGGUGGUUUUCUUUGGUCUCUUCAAUCUUCAUUUUAACCUAACUCCAAGAAUUAGCAAAUUAAAAUGGUUGGCCAAAUCAGCAACCGCAUUGUUCUCCCUCAUAUUUUCUUAGUCUCUUACCCAGCCCAAGGCCAUGUUAAUCCUCUUCUUAGGAUUGGCAAGAUUCUUGCUGCCAAAGGCCUGUUGGUCACUCUCUCUGCACCAGACACCAUUGGUGAAAAAAUUCGGAAAUCUAAUAAGAAUAUCUCCGAAGAACCCACCCCAUUUGGUGAUGGAAUGAUCCGAUUUGAGUUCUUUGACGAUGAAAGCCAGCAUAUCACGGUUCCGGAUGAGCACGCCGCACAUCUCGAGAAAAUUGGGAAGCAGAAGCUCCCAAUAAUGCUUCAGAAAAACGCCGAACAGGGCCGCCCUGUUUGCUGCUUGAUUUACAGCUGCUUCAUUCCUUGGGUUGCUGAAGUAGGCGAGUCUCUUCGAAUCCCUUCUGCUCCAUUGUGGGUUCAGUCUGCCGCCUGCUUUUCAGCGUAUUACCAUUGCUACCACAAACUCGUUCAAUUCCCCACUGAAUCCCAACCUGAAUUGGAUGUCCAAUUGCCCUGUAUGCCACUGUUGAAAUAUGAUGAAAUUCCCAGCUUCUUGCAUCCUAACACUCAGUAUCCAUCCAUCACCGAAUCGAUCUUGGGUAUGUUCAAACAUCUGGACAAGAAUGCCUGCGUACUGAUGGAAUCGUUCCAGGAGCUGGAAAAUGAGGAAAUCAAUUACAUGUCAAAGCUCUGCCCCAUCAAGCCAAUUGGUCCCCUGUUUAAAUAUCCCACCGAGAAAUCUACAGAGUCGGCAAAAGUGGAUGUGACUGAUGCCAAGUACCUGGUGGACGUGUUCAAAGUUGGGCUUAGACUGUCAAGGGGUGACUUUGACAAAAGAAUUAUCCCCAGAAAUGAAAUCGCAGAACGGUUGAUUGAAGCCACAAUCUGUCCUAAGGCCGCAGAGAUGAAACAGAACGCAAUGAAAUAUAAGAAGGCAGCGGCAGAGGCUGUCUCAGAAGGUGGCUCCUCCACUUCUAAUCUGCUUGAUUUCCUAAACGAGCUCGCAAUUGGCGUUCCCAUGAAAUAG